UCUCUUUCUCUCUUCUGAUCUCUCUCUCUCUCGUCUCUGCUUUCUCUCUGUCUUGAACUGCAUGUGCAGCUCUUUCUCUCUUCUGAUCUCUCUCUCUCGUCUCUGCUGUCUCUCUCUCUUGAACUGCAUGUGCAGCUAUCUACUUGUCAAUUUGCAGUGAGUGUACUGGGAAGUUUUUUAGGAGUAUUUGUGUUGUAUAUGUUUACUAGACUUUAUAGUCAGUUAGUGGGUGUAUUAUAUUCUCUCAGUUAGUGGGUGUAUAUAUAUUAUAUAUAGAAUCAUAGAUAUUGUUUACUGGACUGCAUUUUGUAAAUUUUGUGAAUUAUGUUUUAUCUCCUUUGUUUGUAUAGAUAUUGUAGAUGUCGAAUAGAACGGAUCCUGCUUGGAAGUAUUCAAAGAGACAUGAAGAUAAUAAGUUCAAAUUCACAUGUAAUUUUUGUAACAAAGUGGUUACUGGGAGUGUUUACCGAGUGAAGCUACAUCUUGCUGGAGGAUACCCUGAUGUGACUUCAUGUCCUAAUUGCCCAGAACCAGUUAAAGAGGAGAUUAGGGCAUUUAUCUAUAAGAAAAAGGAGACGGCAUCUAGCAUAACUCCACUUCCAGAUUUUGAUGAAAUGGGCAAUGAGGAGGACAUUGAUGAGGAUGAGUUUUAUGUACAAUCAAAGCCCCGUCCUAAGAGGCCUGUUGCCACUGCUACCUCUGGCUCCAAGUUCCGACUUAAGAAGCCCAAGACCAAAUGGCCUAUGGAUGCUUACUUCACCCCUGACCCAGAGAUCGAGGUAGAGAAUAGGAGAAGUGGUAAACAACCUAAAGUUGAUGAUAAUACGCCGCAAAAGAAGUUAUUGAAAGAGCGGGUUCAUCAAGCUAUUGCGAGAUGGAUUUACGAUGCUGGAAUACCUCUCAAUGUUGUCAAUGUGGAGUCCUUUGAACCAAUGAUUGAGGCUAUUGGGCAAUAUGGCCCUGGUUUAACACCGUCGACUUAUUAUCAAGUGCGUGUCCCUCUUCUUAAAAAAGAGGUGGAAAAUGUGAACAAACAAAUGGAGGACCACAGAAGGAGAGAGAGGAAAAUGGAUGCACUCUUAUGUGUGAUGGAUGGACGGAUCGAAAGAAUAGGUCAUUGAUAAAUUUUUUGGUUAAUUGUCCUAAAGGUAGCAUGUUUAUUGAAUCGGUUGAUGCAUCAAGUCGUGCCACAACCAGGGACAGCAUGUAUAGGUUGCUUGAUGAGUAUGUGGAGCGAAUCGGAGAAGCUAAUGUGGUCCAAGUUGUCACGGAUAGUGCCGCAUACAAUAAGAUGGCAGAGAAGUUGUUAAUGGCAAAAAGACCACAUUUGUAUUGGACUCCAUGUGCUGCCCAUUGUUUGGAUUUAAUGUUGGAAGACAUUUUCAAGUUGCCAUACUUGAAGAGGACAUGGGAAAGGGCGAUCAAGGUACACGGUUAUAUCUAUAACCGUCCGACAUUGUUGAACAUGAUGAGACACUUUACCCAAAGAAAAGAAUUGAUUAAGCCAGCAAAGACUCGUUUUGCAACAGCUUGUUUGACUUUACAAAGGGUUUAUCAACAAAAGAAUAACCUAAGAAAGAUGUUCACAUCAGAGGCUUGGAGUAAGAGCAAGUGGGCAAAGGAGGCGGACAGUAAAAAGGUAGCUGAAAUAAUGUUGUCGCUGUCAUUUUGGAACAAUGUCUUGUUGGCCCUAAGAUUUGCAUGUCCUCUUGUUAAAGUACUUCGUUUGGUUGAUGGUGAAGAAAAACCCGCAAUGGGAUACAUCUAUGAGGCCAUGGAUAGGGCCAAAGAAACUAUUAUAAACACGUUUGGCGGAGAUGAAGACAAGUAUAAAACUGUGUUUGAAAUCAUUGAUGCGAGGUGGGAAGUGCAAUUGCAUCAACCUUUGCAUGCAGUAGGCUACUAUUUGAACCCUGCAUUUUUUUACAAGGAUGGUACAAGGAUGAAAGCUGAUAAAGAGGUAUGGAAGGGUUUGGUGGAUUGUAUUGAAAGGCUGGUACCAACUGAGAGGAUGCAAGAUGAAAUUCUUCAUCAACUAGCAUUAUAUGAGGAGGAGGAGGGAAUCUUCAAAAAGGACAUGGCAAUUAGGCAAAGAAUUACAAGGUCACCAGUUGAGUGGUGGAAGUUAUUUGGUCGUGAAACUCCUGAAUUGCAAAAAUUUGCCGUCAAGAUCCUUAGCCUUACUUGCAGUUCAUCCGGAUGCGAGAGAAAUUGGAGUGUGUUUGAACAUGUGAGUGUUACAUUAAGGGAUUUCUAA